AUUUAUCAACCUUGCAAAAAAAACCACCUAAUUUGAAAAGCCUCCAAUUGUUAUUUGUUAGAUGGACAGCAGACUUCUUAAAUGGUAAUAUCUGGGAUUCCAGAUGCUCAAAACAAGAGAUUAACGCCAACUUUUUUUUGGUUUUUGUUGAUGGAGAUUGAAUGUUUUAUGGGUAAACUUGUACUCUUCUAGUUAUUCCACAAAAACAUGUCCCUACAAAGCCUAAAAAGGGAACUAAUCAGAGUGUAGAGAGAUUCAUUGCCAAAAAAGCAGUGUUGCUCUAAGGAAAUAUUUCAUAGUUUGACCAUUUUCCCCUGGAAACUUCUUACAGAUGUUUUACUUUUUUUGUUUUGUGAAGUGACCACAGUAAUGCCCUAUCCUGAGAGCCUCCUUUGCACCUUUCAGUCAUUAACAGGGGCUGGGGCUACAGCCAGGGGUGUACUCUUUCUCAGUGUCGAAGAAAACAUACUUGGGUGAGCUUUUCAUUUGCAAAAAAGAAGAGAGAAAAAAAAAGGAAAAAAGCCCAAGGGAGAUGACCUCACGUUUCUCACACACCAGCCCACUCCACAGAGGAGACACAGAGAACACAAGACUUGCAAGUCAGUCUGAGGUUUCCUUUGUUUGAACUAUCCGCAAAGCAAAUUCUUACUUUAAAAACGAUAUUUUUUAUUCCGUCAAGAUGGGACGGCUGUCAUUCCUCGCUUUUUUUAUGCAUAUUUGUUUUCACAACAUAGCAGCAGGAAAUGGGCAAACCAGAACACUGAUGUAUGAGACUCAUUAUGCGUAUGUAACGGAUCACAUGCAGUGGGAAGAAGCAAGGAGAGAGUGUGAGAAGCGCUCUGGUUCCUUAGUCUCCAACCCAACAGAGAACCAAGAGCUUGCUAGAGUUUUAAAAUGUUUAAACAUCUCUCAGGAGGUUUGGAUUGCCAGCAAACACUUAACAGAAAACUCCUCACUGUUUUUAAACACGGUAGUGGAUUCACUUGGAAACGAAAGUUCGUUGGAGAACCAAACUUUGUCCUUCUUCCACAUCCCAUCUCAUGAAGUCUGUGGCAUCUUUGACCCUGUGAAUGAGACCGUCACCUUUGCAGACUGCAGCGUGCGUAGGGGAGCUGUCUGCCAGCUUAAAAAUGAUACAUUGGAUAUUUCAAAACCACCAUUCAUCAACAGAUUUAACAAGGAUCCUCAGAUCAAACUGGUGAUGGAAGGGACACAUUUAAAUUCUUACUGCAACAGCGAUUUGACAUCACUCCAGUUGAAGACCCAGACUGUCCUAGAUUCAAUGGAGGACAGUAGCCCCCAUCUCCUGACCCCCAGUGAUGUCCUAACCCUCUCCCAGAUGAUCGAUGCAUUAACUUCCAGCUCACAUUUAGCUGAAAUUGAAGCGGCAGAAGCCUUGGUGUCCAUUACUACCAACUACGUGAAUGCUGCAAGUUGGAUGCUGGAGCCCCAUAUGGCAGCACAGUGGAUAGGCCCAACAGCAGAUGGGGUCAACGUUGGACCGUUUACCAUUGUCAAGAGCAUUGAUAGUCUCACUAAAGCUCUAGCAGACACACUGUCUGCACACCAAAGAGAUUUCACCCUCUCUACCAAGAACAUAGAAGUGUACAUAAAAUGGCAGAAAUUGUCACAGAUGAGCUCUGAUCAAGUUUUCAAGCCAUCUUCUGUCGGCUCUCACCAUCCUAAGAGCGGCCGCCGUGAUGAGUUGCUGAUCCCGGAUAGUGAAUUUAAAAGGAUACACUCACUAGGAAGUGAGGAGGUGAUGUUUAUUCAUACACACUACAGCCAUUUUUCGGAGGUUUUUAAAAGAGUGGAGGAGCCUGAACUGCAUCAACAGGAAAAAAUAGAAAAAAGUGUUUUUCCAGGUCAUCUAAGCUCUUCAGUGAUAUCAGCCGCCGUCCGUGACUCUUUAAAGGCUCAAACCAUCCCUGUGAUUGUGCAGUACACCCUUUCUACACGUGUGGUGGAGAAUUCCCAAGGAUUCACCCCUGAAUGUGCCUUUUGGAAUUUCAGCCUGAUGCAUGGUGGAGGCUGGUCCAGUCAGGGCUGUUCCGUGGUAUUUAGUGGCUCCAACGUUGUUUCCUGUCUGUGCAACCACACCACCAACUUUGCUGUAUUGAUGAAAUACAUGGACACUGAGUGGAAUCCUGAAGAAGAGCUUGUUUUGAGCAAGCUCACGUUCAUCGGCUGUGGUGCAUCUUUGUGCGCGUUGGUGGUGACCUUGAUGCUGUUCACUGUGCUGGACAUUCCCAAGUCAGAUAGGACGUCCAUCCAUAAGAACCUGUUUGUGGCUCUGAUCUGCGCGCAGGUGAUUCUGCUCUGCAGUGGCUCAGCCAUACACAGCAAGGUGGCUUGCACUCUGGUAGCAGCACUUCUUCAUCUCUUCUUCCUGGCAGCUUUUAGUUGGAUGCUGGUGGAGGGUCUUCUGCUCUGGAGCAAGGUGGUAGCGGUGAACCUAAAUGAGGACCGUCACAUGAAGUACUACUAUCUUAUUGGCUGGGGUCUGCCGGUUCUGAUAGUCACAAUUACUCUAGCAUCGGCCUCAGGAAAAUAUGCUGCAGAUGACUACUGUUGGCUCAGCGUUCAGAAUGGCAUUAUCUGGGGCUUUGCAGGGCCUGUCAUCUUCAUCAUCAUGGUGAAUAUCUUUGUUCUGACCAGAGUGGUAAUCAUCACCGUCUCUACUGCAAGAAGAAGGUCCAUCAUGCUGGCCAUGGGUGCCAGUCCUGUGAAGCAAGCGUAUGAGCAAAUCAGAGGUGCAGUGAAGGCAGUUUUGGUGCUGCUUCCUAUCCUGGGUCUGACCUGGCUGUGUGGCGUGUUGGUACCUCUCUCUAUCGUCAUGGCCUAUAUCUUCAUCCUCCUCAAUUCCCUUCAGGGUCUGUUCAUCUUUCUGAUAUAUGGGGUGUACAACACAGAGGUUCGAAGCACGGUCAACAGGAUGAAGGAGAGAAGAAAAGCGCUUAAUUUUUCUAACUGUGCCAGCUCUCGCCCUUCCAGCUCAGUGACCAACUCUCGUCCCGUCAGUUUUCCUCUUGGAACUACUCCAAGCCAGGAAGAGGAGACCUGCCCAUGCAGCAGCACACCAAGCUUGGUAAUAGAGGAAAAUAAGACCAAAGGUGAGCCAACCAUUCAGUGUGUUCCAGAGAGGCCAGAGGCGUCGUGGUGCCAAACACCUUAAGACACACAUGUGAACAGAAAGGCGUCUUCUCCAUGACCCAGAGAAAUCAACUGUGAUAGCACAUUUAGUGGAUGGAAAUCUUUCAAUGCACCUCAAGGAGGAAGGAGACGUUAUGAAGAGGCUGUGAACACAUUUAUACAUCUAUUGAUGUUAUAGCAUGCGCAAUGUCUAAAGUUAGCAUCUCUUUAUUGAAACAAAAAAAACUAUGAUUAGUUUUUUUUUAAGUUUUUAAGUCUUAAACUGGAGUCCUAGAAGGCUGACGUCGUGCUGGUUCUUCUAAAUAUCCACACCCUACCAGCUGCUAAUCACAUGGACCAGGUGUCAAAAGAAGCGGCAUGGGUCUGGUCAGUUAGCAGAGAAGCAGGAGAAGGCCUUCCAGGGCUGAAGUUCGACACCUUGACUCAACACUGGUCUUAAAACAUCUCUUGUAUAAUUUGUCUUUGUAGUGCAGCACAUUUGGCGUCAGUGCAAAACAAAGUCACUCAUGUAAAGGUGUUAUUUUAAAUUCUUCUCUUCUGUGAAAUAAAGAUACUUUUUGCCAUCCAUGUUUUAUCUUACCUUUUUACCAAAAAGUAAUUGCCUGAUUUUGUAUUCUACAAAAAAAAUUAGGCCAUAGUAGAAGUGUGAAUAUUUAUUUCAACCGAUAUUUUUCAGCUGAUGAACAGAGUUGUGAUAUUCCGAUUUUAAUGCUGUUGCAGAGACCACAGCUCAUUUUCUUUUCCAUGCCAUAGAGGACUCUUUUUGUUGAUGUUGAGGGAAAGGUCAAGAUUCCACAUGCACUCAUUCAGAGCUGUUCACCUUCGCCACUUGGCUGAGGUCUGGCAAGAUUAAUUCUUUGUGUCUUGCCAUCUCUGUAUGCGCCAGGUUCAUCUCUCUCACAAUAGAGCCAAGCAAACAGAAGUGUGUGUAUGUGCGUGUUUUAAAAGACAUUGGUGCAACCGUUUUAACAGGGCGACUCUGUUUGAAUUAGAUGUUCUAACCCCCCGCUUUCUAAAUGGAUUUCUAAAGUGGCUGUAGUUUGGAGGCUUUCAAUCGGAUGCAACCUUGAGUCCUUUUUUAUGUGAGCUCUGUAGGAUUUAAGUGCCCGUAUAACAUGAGCACGACUGAAUGCAUGCUCCUCAUUUUUUGAAAUUGAAAAAUCUCCAAAGGCUCUCCCCUUUGUGCCGGCAAUUAAUGGAAUGCUGGCAGCGAGGUUCAGGUGCUUAAAAGUUGUAUUUUUUUCUCUCUCUAUCUCUUUUUAAUGACUAAUAAAGGAUAAUCAUUGUAGAAAAAAAAACACUGUAAUGCUGUAGGCUUCCUCUUUAUGCACAAUGAUGUAUAAUGCAUGCUUUGAAAUGAAACGGCAGCGGCCUUCAAACCAUUCCAUUUCCAAACCUUAGUGUAUUUGUUUUGCAUGCCACAGUGAGGCUUUUGCAUAAUAAUUGUGAGUGUUCCCAUUAACAAUGCUUGCUUAUUAAUUUGAUCUUUACAUUUUUAAAGUUUGUCCAUCAGGCCGCCAAACAAUGGGUCCCCCAGUCGCUGGUUGGUGUAAGUGAUUAGAGAGUGGGCUAAUUGCCUCUCUGAAGAUUCGUGCUGCUUUUCUUUUUUUGGCCUCUUUGUUUUUCACCUGUGAGCCUUCACCAGUCUUAACUUUCAAAGAGAUGAAUAAUAAACUGUUUUUUACACCAAUAAACAUAUUAAUAUAAGAGGGUUUUAUUUUUUGACUGAUUACAUUUUGUUUUAAAAUAAGUCAAAUUUAAGAUCCAAAAUGUAUGUUUAGCUCCGAAGGGUUUCCAAUCAUUUCCUUUUGUGGACAUUUUUUAGCCAGAAGUUUGACAACAUAAAGGUUAUGUUAUGUUUACUUUUAUUUUUAAUUUUUUGCCAUUCAUUUUCUAGGAUUUUAAGCAAAUUGGCGACUAGUCAUUUUUCCUUCCUAUCAGGGGAAAAUGUACCCCUCCCUUGUAAUUGGGUGUGCUUUUUAAAGUGUGUGAUCUUAAUAAAAUGUAUGAUUUAUUUCUUUUUACUCUUGUUUGAGCACAAAAAUCAAAACUAGUCAUUCAGCAUCAACCACACUGGUUAAAUUAAAUUCAAUUAAUGUUUUUAGCUUCAAAUUGAAAAAUGACCAUCCGAAAAACCAUCUUCAAUGAAAAUUUUGCUAUGAUCCCUUAUAAUAAGUCAAAUAUAAAGCUAUCCUCACACCGCCUUUGGCAGCAUGCAUUCAUGUGACUGCUUCCAAUGAAAAGUCGGUGUAAAGGGCAGCCAUCUGAUAAGCAUUACUUGUUUCUGCCUAAUCUUUUUUGUGGUUGAUUAGACUGUAUUGUGUGUAAAUAAUUUAAACGGCAAACAAAACCAAUAAUUGAAAGUAUGAAUGUGUCUGAUCGCGCGUUUGGGGCUUGCAUGUUCAGGACUUUUGUGUUCACAUGUUGCUUUGCAAGUUUUUACAACUUUUUUCGUGUUACAAUUGACACUUUGACCAAGCAGGGACUUUGAUUUAGUGGUGAUGCAAAGAUGGCAUCCCUUUCAAUUAAUGAAAGUACCCACUGUUUGAAAAUUAAUCAUGGAGGAAAUAUUAAAAUUAAUAUUUGCGGUUUCUGCUUGACCGGAAUUAUAUGACACCAAGUCUCCAGCAGAUUUUCCCACUGUACUAGAACAUCCACAUCCACUGUUUUUCAAUUUUGUUCCGUUUUUUUUUUUUUUUUUUUUUUUUUAACCUCAGUCUCUUUUCUUUUGACUGUGCUUGACAAUGUAGGAAAACAUACAAGCACAUCUUGGUAAACACGAGUGAUGUGGUUCCAGAGUUUAAAAGCUUCCCAUAACACUGGCAGACACAACUUGGGGCUGUUUGUGUGACCGAAAGGAAAACUUGUUUAGAAACUGACAGCGCUGCGUGUGAGGGAGCCAAAAAAAAAAAAAAAAA